AUGAUUGCCUUUCUGCAAUUCCUCCUGAUGCGGAGCCAGAAGAAUAACGGGCUGAUCUUCGCCCACGAUCUGGAUCAGUUGCCUCUUGAGACAAAGCGUCUCGAGCCAUACUACCAGCUGUCCAAGCCUGGAGGUUCGCUUGGAAAGGACUCUAUCCUUCUACACUAUCCGUUCGACUUCAUCGCUUCCGUACCGAUUGCAGCCAUCAAGAACCGGUAA